AUGCGAAGUGAUAGGGGAGCCAGCAGAAAGGAAAGGAAGGUCAUAGAUAGCGCCACAGCUAUUUUGCGGGAGGCGCUGCAUGACAGCCUAGAAAUCGAAGUAGUGCAAGACUCGGUUAUCGAAAAGGAAGAAGAUCCGUUAUGGUCUGGUGAUGACGAUAAAGAACCUAAAGUUGAUGGCAAGGCUUCUAUCAGAUUUGGCAACAGAAGUGGCAGAGGAGAUGAUUUGUAUUCAUACCUCAAAAAAGAUACGAGUGAUUAG